AGGAAAGGGAAAAGAGAGGAGAGACAGAAAGAGAGAGAUAGGGAGGGUUGGGCCUCUGAGAGAGAGAGACAGGGGUUUGGAGAGAAAGAGAAGGACAAAUGAAAGAGAUAACUAAUGAGGGAUGUGGGAUGUGGAUAACAAUUUUUCUUUCCUGUAAAAUCUGUGUCUGCAGACGACAUUAGUAUUCUAUUGGUGGAUCUGGCUGGGUCUCAGGACAGUGAACACCGUAAGAAAUGGACCAGGUAAUUUGUAUGGACAACUCUUGUUUUAUUUUACAUUGCUCUAGUUGUUAGUAUAAGUAUCCAAUGUCUUGCACCGUAUUUACAAUUUUGACAACUUCAUGGUUUGAAACCCUCAGGAUCCCUGGUCCCCAUAUAAAAACCCUUUAUUUAUAUUUUCCCUUUUUUGCUCAUUUUUCAUUCACUGCUUGACAUACUUUGAGGUCUGUGGUUGAGAAGAAAUGCCAAGAAUAUGGCUUGGCAUUUAGAGGAAGACUUGCACUGUAAUUAUAGAGUGGGUCCAGUCUUAGCUUAAGACACAUACCAUGGGGAGGAAGUGUCAGUCCUGGAUGAUUCUAAAGUGCAGGUCCACACUAUUUGUGAACCUUUUCCUGUCCCUCCUCAACGACUGAGAGGCACUAGCUGGAGACUUCAGUCAAAACACUACAAGAGUUCAGCUGGGAGAGACAGAAUAUAACUGUUUUUGACUCACUCAGUGCAUGUCAGAGAGGAGUUUAAACUACUGAGGUACCAGGAAAUCUGGCUUUACCAAGAGUGUGCUUACCAGUCUCAGAGGAGCCUGUGGUUGCUAGCUCAACCCCAGAUACUUCAAGUGUGAUUUCCACAACGGCAUCAAAAUUAGGCGACUAAGCUUCAAAAGAAGGCCCAGAGUGGCAGCCAACCAUGUGGAACCACUGCCCAGUGAUGUGUCAUCUGGACGAAGGGUGCUUGCAGAAUCGAUGUUAUCGCCAAGUGGCGAGGAGGAUAGAAGAGUGUUGAGCAUGUCGUCUCUCACCAGGGGUCGGCCUCCCCUUCCCCCACCUCAUGGUCCCUCCUCUGACACUGCAUCCUACAGAAAGGAGACAACUACAGACACGGUCGAACGCUCAGAGUCCAGGACGUCCAGACCCGAGCCCAAAGCCAGAUCCUUGGCAUCACUGAGACGGGAUCCAGCGGUGGACAACCCCCAGGUGAAGGCCAACAAAACCUUGGAGCAGGAAACGACCCGACCGUCUCCCCCUGAGCCACUUCCACGCCGACGGCUAGCCAGCUUUGGAGGAGUGAGCUCGACCGGGUCGCUUUCCCCUUUCACAGGCCUCGGUGCGUACAAUCAGAACAACAAUGGAAACAAAACCAGUGGAGGCUUAGAACUCGAGCUGAAUUCCAGCACAAGAGGUAGCACAGGAUCCCUGAAAUUUAGUCCUCAAAGCCCCAUGCAUUUGCAUCACGUCCGUGACCAGAUGGUGGUGGCCCUGCAGAAGCUGAAGGAGCUGGAGGAUCAAGUUAAGACCAUCCCCAUCCUGCAGGUCAAGAUCUCAGUCCUCCAGGAGGAGAAGAGGCAGCUGCUCUCUCAGUUCAGGAACCACAAUGGAAGCCAGGACCUUGAUGACGUGUUCAGGAGGAGAGCCUACAGCACGGGGGCCACUGCAAACCUACAGAAGGCUUCGAAAGUAGAGAAUGACGUGAAUGAGAACCAGGAGGAGGUUUCAAGUGACUGCACGCGAGGCCUCAGGGACCUACAGAUGCUCAGUAAGGAGAUGCAGGCCUUGGAAAGGACUAUUAAAGGCGGUCAUUUGCAAGAGCAGCUUGGACUCAGUAAUAACACUCCUUGUGCCGGAUCUGCCAAGUCCCUUGCCGUCGGUACAAAUUUAGAAAUCAAUCAAAUAAAAACAUGCAAAUGCUCCAAACUCAUUGAGACCCGCUCCAUUGAAACAGGGGUCAACCUUGGACAUGUAACAGAAUUGGAAGCAGAGCUGGCGGUGCAGCAAGGACUAACUGAGGCCCUGGAAGAGAGAGUUGGUCAGUUGGAAGAGGAGUUGAAGGUAUCUGCACUCCAGAAAGGAAUGAGUCUCCUAAAACUAGAGCUUCAGGCUGCAGAAGAGAGGAAUCGGGUGGACAAGUCCGCCAAUACUAUGCCUGGUUCUCAGAGCAAAGCCACUAUGACAGAGAUUUACACCACCAGCAAGGGGGUGGGCAACCACGUAGAGCUGCGUGAAGCUAGCACAGGAGAUAGCAUUGAGUUCUGCAAAGUGGGGACAUCUUGUAGGCCCGAGUUUAGGAGUGUAGGCACUUGCUCGGAUGUGCCCAUGAGCCAGUGGCGUGAAAAGGUUGAAACAAAGGAACAGUGUGUAGGGGCUCAUAUUUCCACAAAUACCCAGGGCAUUGGGACAGAGAUUAGGACAUGUGAUUUAGGGACCAAUACAGAUUUAAUAAUCGAAAUUGGACAAGCACAGAUGGAAUACCUUACUGUGUCUUGUGGAGGUCUCGAUAGCAAAGCCGGAGAUUUAUGUGGAAUGGUUGAUUUUUGCCCAAUGGCCUUACCUCUGACAGCCUCACAACACACCAACACAGAGUCUCAUUCAGUGACACGUUUCACCAAUACAACGCAUGCCUCAAACACAAACUCCAGCACCAACACCAUCCUAAAUACAGAGGAGAAGCACACCAACACCACACAACCUGUCACAAGAACAGUAUCUGUAAGUAACAGGGUCAAACUUAUCAGAGGGGUUUCAGAACCCUGCCCUGUUUGCUCAGGAAUGUCUGCACGGCUUGGAGUUAUGCCAACACCAGCUCAAAAAUCAAAAACCAAAGACAUGGGUGUUGGAUUUACCAACAUCAAUGAUCAUUUCUUAGUGGGCCUGAAAACCAGGAACAUGGCCUCGGGUCCUUCCCAUCUACCUGAUUCCAGCAGGACCAGAAGCAUCGGUGUGGGAGAGGGAAAGGUGAGGAACCUGUCAAGGUCUUCUCAGUUCUUUCCUCAGAUGCCCCCGCAACCAAUGCAGUCCCAAUGGGAUCCACAGUUGACCCAUGGCAUGGAGCAGAUGCAAAGCCUGCUGAAGGAGCAGCAUGUUCUCAACAGCCCAGGCACCUGCGAUCAGAGGCCACGACCACAAGACACCCAGUGUGAAGCCCAAAUCCAGUCUCCAUCAUGGCCGCCUGAUGAUUUCACACAGAGGGAUCAGCCGAACUCAGGGAUCAGUGAAGUGAGUUGCAUCGACUCAGGGGUCAAAAGAAAGAUUCAACUAAUGGAGCAGCAUGCAUCCUCUGGUCUGCAAGACAGGUCAGCCAAUAUGCCACGCUCCACAGCUAAGAAACCCAGCACUGACCAGGGCAGCCACAGCAGGAGGGGCUCCAAGUUCAUGGGGGUGUCGGCAAGGUUUAAGAUAAGUGAGGCUAUUCUUACAGCCUGUCAAGCUUUAAGGACUUAUCUAAGGGAUCGAAAGGCCUUAUCAAGCAAGGAAUUGCAAGUCUGCCUCCACACUCUCCAACAGGAGUGGUUCAGCGUCUCAAGCCCCAAGUGGGCCAACGCCGCCAUGGUGGAGGACUACCUGGGGGCCUUCAGGGCCGUGUCCCCUGCCGUGCUGCACCACGUCGCCAACAUGGCCGACGGCAACGGCAACACCUCGCUGCACUACAGCGUGUCCCACUCCAACUUCGCCGUGGUGAAGAAGAUGCUAGACUCAGGAGUGUCUAACGUCAACCAGCAGAACAAGGCGGGCUACACACCGGUCAUGCUGGCCACGCUUGCGGCUGUGAGUUCACCGGAGGACAUGCGCGUGGUGGAGGAGCUGUUCGCCAGAGGGGACGUCAACGCCAAGGCCAGUCAGGCGGGCCAGACGGCCCUGAUGCUGGCGGUGAGCCACGGGAGGCUGGACAUGGUGCGGGCCCUGCUGGAGCGUGGGGCGGACCUCAGCCUCCAGGACGAGGAAGGCUCCACCGCGCUCAUGUGUGCCAGCGAGCACGGCCACGCCAACAUCGUCAGGCUGCUGCUGGCCCAGCCCGCCUGCGACACGGCGCUGAGUGACAGCGACGGCAGCACUGCCCUGUCCAUCGCCUUGGAGGCGGGCCAUCAUGACAUCGCUCUGCUGCUGUACGCACACGCCAACUUCUCCAGAGGGCAGAUACCAGCACACAGCUCCUUAUCAUCACAGAAGCCCUGAGUACCUGCACGUCAUGUUGGGGAGCCUCCUCAGUCUCCUGGGGGGAAUAGUGGCUCUUAAUUAAAAUGACAUUACAUCUGCUUACCCGACGGUGCUGGCUCCCAUGGAUAUUUAAUACAAGCCCUUUCUAAGCAUAUUCAAGAUUUCAAGAUCAAAGCACUCGGCAGAGGAGACUCUCCACAACAAUAUUCACAUUUUCAGAAGGGCUGCACCGCAUAGCAUUUUGCACAUCUUGCUUUAACACGUGUUUUGAGUAUCAGACGUUGUUCUUGUUUUUUGUUUUGCAUAGACUUUUGCAUAAAACGUUAAAUUGCAGUAAUGUGCAGUGUGCUUUUAUUUGAUGCAUUAAAGAGGAAAGAGGAACUGAAGCAUGCCAGCAUAUCUAUAGUACUAAAACAGUGUUCACCAUUACCUUGUUGAGGGGUGCCUUGUUUUUUUAAUAUACUGUAAAAAUAUAUGCACAGCAUUUAUAUCCCUCUAUGUCAGGUGAGCCAUUUGUGUGAUAAUGUGUAUGAGGAGGACAAAAAAAGAUUAAAAUAAUUGUGAUGAAUCAGAUACAAUGAAUCAGUAAUUAACAAGAUUGAGAUCUAUGUAUAUUCAUAUAAAGGCCAAUGUUACUAACAACCAUGUUAAUAAUACAAAAUGUAUGUUUAUUCCUAUGGUCAGUGGUCAACUAUCCUAUCGAAUUCAGUUUGAAUUUGUCUCCUUUUUUCUGCAUAACUUGAUGUGCAUACUGUGACUCAUUUUCUCAGCAGUGGCAAUAAAAUACAAUGCCAUUUGAGGUCCACCAUCAAAUUUUGCUGUUGCUAUGGUAACAUUCACUGGUGGAAAGUGGUGUUUUGAGCAAGUGAUUCGAGGGGAGAGGAUAAUGAAACAAUAUCUUCAUUGUGUAGAUUGACAUUUUGGUUGUUUCUUUCUAUCCAUAUAGAGAACCUAAUAGCUUUCUUGACACAUUGUUUGCAUUGACAGACAAUCAAAUUAUUUUAGACUGCAAAAUGUAUUUUUCUUCACCAACAAUAAAAUAUUG